AUGCCCACACGAUCCGGAACGCAAAGGCGAUCAGCAUCUCCGGCAGAGUCUGACACAAAUUCCAAUAAGAGCUUCGCACCACCCACCACCACCACACGUCGACGCAGAGCCCCCAAAAAGGCCACUCAACCAGCUGCCAAACGUCCACCAGCUACCAAAUGUCCACCAGCAACCAAAUCACGAAAGCGCGCACGCACCGAUGACCACGACACCGUGGACCACGAAGAUCAAGAUCAACUCAAUGACCUCGAAGAUGAAGAUGAUCAGGCCAACACCACCACCCCUAAUCUAACAAACUAUCACCAACUCGGCCUUGAAUGGGGGUUAGCUCGUGCUGAGGACUACCUGGCUGGUCUCAAGCUUCCCAAGAACAAUCGACCUUCAGCAAUUGGCCUUUUUGAAGCACAAGCGCUGCAAUCCAACUACGAGCUAGACAAAACGAUGUUGUGCAUCGCACUGAAGUGCAGCCGAAAAGUACUGGAUGAUCUUUUACUCGAAGGCCCACUCGGUCGAGAACCAAAUAUGUACACAAAUUACCAAACCUACAGCAAUGUUGCUACCAUGACUCAAAUGCCACCCAAGGGAGUCUCACAAGGCUUUCCCGAACGCAACCGCAUUGUAGGAACGACGUGGUCAACUUAUACCGACGACAAACAUGAAGUAUUCACUCCUCGCCUUUUCGAACGUUUAUGUGUUGCGACUAGCGAGGCAUAUGCACUCACUCAAACACCUCUUGGUAUUGUUCCUUCCAAUACCCUUUCCCCGGGCCUCGAACCGCUAACCCAGGAAGAACGAGAGAAAUACAUACCAAUUUUCGAGGGAUUGGUCAACUUAAAGACGGUUGAACACGACUUGCACGAUGGCAGACUCUGGAGGCAUAGCGGCAAAUCCAAAAACCGGACCACACAGCAGUUGAUCAAAACUGAGAUGAGUAAAGUCCUUCGCCAGCUUCACCUCUUGAAGAAUCACUUCGAUUUACAAUUUCACCUGAUGGUUGCCCGCUGGGACCCAGCCUCCCCCAGCACUCACGCCCUCUACCAGGCCGAGCACACCACAUGUCAACGUUGGGCCCGGCUUGAAAAGAAGACACAUUUACUGGAACGGUUUACUUUUGAAUCCACCAAGGCACCACAGCAUCUCCGUUCUACAAACACUGAGCCCAAGCCUGUGUCGGAAGCCGGCGCCCGCCAAGCCCAACGUCGAGGCGAACUAGCAAAGGCAUUGAACGAUUUGAUAUCCCCACAUCUUCGAGGCGGCUCUCAGGGCAAGGGUGACGCACACCCUAAAGUACAAGACCUAGCGACAGCUGUUAAAGCUAAAGAAUUUCGCGGUGGUGUCAAGCUUGCUAUCCACCGAACCCAAGAUAGUGGAAUUACCGACGACAUGCUUAUGAGGGGACCUCGAAAGCUGUCCAAUGAUGAAGUCGACUUAUGGAUCAAUGAUAUCGAGGCAAAACGUUACAACAUUAUCCGAAGCCAACCGGAUCCUGAUUGCAAAUCCUCUGCUGACCCUGAGGACAAGCCCACCCAAUCCGAAGACAAACCUAUCGGAGGAGACAAUGAUACCCUUGAAAACAAUGGAAUCAACCCUGAUUCAGCUAUCCAUUAG